GCGCCGAAUUCUUCCGUAUUCUAUAUUUUGUGGUGACUAGGACUCAAAUCCUGAUCUUCCAUACACCAAACGAGUCAGGGUUCAUCAUGAGCCAGGAUCACAAUAAGACGGUCGAUUUUUGUGUUUGUGUGUUUGAAAAGUCCGAAGUGAAGAAAACAAAGAAGAAGUUUAGAUUUUUUCCGCGGGGUAAGUCGAAUCAUGAAGGUGAAGAGAAGUCAGAUUCUCCAGGAAUCUGCCCUAAAUGUGGUAAACCAGUGAACCAAACCGUCCCAUGUAGAGCACAUGAGUAUCAAGAGGCUAAACUGAGGCGAGAAAGCCUUUUGGCAAUCAGAGAGACUGGUGCCAGAGGUAGCACAUACACGACUUACCCAGAAGAGGAAUUGGAAUCCGUGGAUGAACGUCCAGUCUGUAACUGCCCGAGCUGUCGUAGGGAGCGUGGCGAACCGUUAACUGUGGAACUGUUACCCAUGGAUGCUCAAGUGAGCCUCCAGACCAUGGCGCAGGAUAGCCUGCUUUUCUGUGAAAUCCUUUAAAGCAAAAGCUUUUACAAAAUAGUCUCAUUUGUGGCUGCUUUUUAUGAUUUAUAUUAUUCUACGAGCUGUAUUGCUUUAUGUGUUUAUAUGUUUUGAGUAGUAUAAUAUCCAAACGGUUCUUUGUAAGAUAACGAUGUCAUCUUUACGUAUAGCUAUAGGUUUCUACCCUUCUCCAGAACAUGGAUGUAAAUUCCUCACUUACGUUUUAGUAAAGGUAAUUCUAUGAGUCUGCUUGUUUUGCAAUCGUUAGAGAGUUACAUUAAUUCUGGAAUUAUUGACCAUGAAGAUACACCUUGUCGAAAAGCAGGUCAUAAAUACCUAUUUAUUACGUAGAAAUGAAUGGGUUUGAGCUCUGCUAUAAGUGUAGCAAUAUUUUAUAAGAAAGCAAAAUAUUAAAACUGUUAAUGUUUUAUUCUAUUACAUUAAUGUAACAUUGCCAUGUUUCUUUCCCUAUAUGAAGUAAUGUGUCAUAUUGGCAUUUUUCAACACCUAGUAAACCCUUUGGGUUGUAUCUCGAGAUGACCCCGUGUUCAUAGCAGUGAUUUACUGCUACAAGAUACAUGUGCAUUUUGUGCAGAGCAGAAUUAUUAACUGUAUCUUUUUAUAAAUGUGUCUACUUAUGUGGAAUAUGUAAGUUGCACUAAGGUAGUCUGUCUAUAAUUUGGUGUUAUUGUAAUUCAUUUCCCAUUCACGUGUUUUUCAAGUAUUGUGCUUCGUUUGAUAACCUCAAACAAAUUUAUUUUAUA